GUUUGGAAAUAUUAACUUCUAAAAUUUAAAAAUGGAAGUACACCGCUGUAGAUUUGUGGAUUAUUAUCCUUCUACAAUAAACUGUUUGGCUCUUAACACAGAUUGCACAAUACUUGCUGUUGCUCGGGCUAACGGACAUAUAGAAUUAUGGACUGUAGAUUGCGAUUAUUAUUUUGAAAAAGCGUUGUUUGGGCUUUCUAGGGCCUCGGUAGAAACGUUAUCUUGGGCUCCUAAUAAUCGUUUAUUCUCAGCCGGUUCUCACGGAAAAAUUACUGAAUGGGAUAUCGAUACUUGCUUAGCUAAGGGCCAUUACGAUUCUUAUGGAGGAGCUGUUUUGUCAAUAGUUAUCGAUCCCGAAGGAACGCUUUUGAUUUCUGGCUGUGAGGAUGGGCAUUGUAAAAUGUAUAGCAUUGAGACCGAGCUUGAUUAUAUGCGGUCUUUCGACAAAGUAAAAGGAAAAGUUACUGUUGUCUGCUGUAUUUUUAAUAAAAAUAUUGCAUAUGCUGGAAGCUCGGAAGGUCGUAUAACAAAGUUUGACAUAAGCACUGGACAGGCAAUUCAGCGUAUUACUCUAGACUCUCCUGGAGGUCGCCGGUGUAUUGUAUGGGAUUUGGCUGUUCUCAAUGAUCUUACAAUGGUCAGCGGUGACUCUCUGGGGAGAAUACAAUUUUGGGACGGCCAAUUUGGUACUUUGCUGCAAUCUUCUCAGACGCACGAAGCGGAUAUAACUGCUUUAGCUACCAAUAUAGAAAAGACAGUGAUUUACUGUUCCGGUGUUGAUACUAAUAUUGUUGAACUGAGUUUAUUAAAAGGGACAGAAGAGAACAGCAGCGCAAAAUGGACCAAAACUGAUCAAAUUCGAGCGCACACUCAUGACGUCAGAGCGCUCGUUUACUACAAAAAGACGCUGCUAUCUGGAGGAGUGGACACGUGCCUUAUUACCUACAGCUGCCCGGGCCUUAGCAAAGUACGUUGGCGUCGUAUCCCACCUUUUCCGCACCAAUCGCCGUUAUGCUUAGCAAAAACGGCCAGGAUUCUUUUGUACCAAUUCUCCGGAGGACUUCGAUUUUGGGCUCUUGGAAAAACAGCACUAUCAGAAAAUCCACUAACAUCGAUUCCAAGUGGUACGCAGCUCUCAUUAGAGUCGAAUUUGUGUUUGUUGUUAGAGUUUUCACCAAAGACAGUCUCUUCCAUUGUUUGCUCUGCGAUUACUUCCAACGCUGAAUUUGUUUCUUAUUCGGAUGUUCAGGCUACUAAGCUCUUUCGUGCUCAUAGUAGCGGCCAGUUCUUUUCUCUUAGUAAAAUUUCUAAGCAUUGUUUACGUAAAUUUGGCUCUUCGAAACUUUUGUUUUCCACUGAUGGCGCUCGUCUUUUUUCUGUUUCUUUCUACGGAGAGAUAACUGUUAUGAGCUUGACUACUCUUAAGGCAGAGCACGUCUUUCGAAAAAGUAGUUGGACGCAUAUUUCUCAUCUCGCAUUGAGCUCCGCUGGAAAGUACAUGGCUGUUUGUGAUGCAUUAAAUGAAGUGGAGAUCUUUGAACUUUCUACUUUUAAAAGUCGAGGAAAAUUACCGAAAACCGAAGCAAAGAUCUGCGCUUUGGAGUUCAGGCCGAACAGUAGCGAACUUGUGGCGGUCUGCACUUGCAAUCGCGUGUACAUUUUUAGUGCCGACGAGCUUAUGUUAACGUUAUGGUCACGUGCUAAUUCUGAGCGCUUUCCGCCUGAUUAUCUUCGAAAAAAUCAAAAAACGAUUGGAAUUAAGUUUUGCGAGUCGCUUCCGCAGCAAAUUUUUGUCUAUGAUCACUGCUCCUUUUCUCGCAUUGAUCUUAACUACUCCAUGGAAGAAUUCAAUACUGUUUCUUUUGGUGCUCAGCGGCAUCCCACAUAUGAGAAAAGAAAUAAAAAGAGAAGGAAGGACGAGAUUAUUGAUCCUUCUUUUCCCGCGGGUGCAUUGAAGACUGAUGCGAGCGAUGCAACUUUGGGUCUUCCGUCUACUUGCCACCAGCUCAAGACGAUCACCCGAUUCCAACCUCUUCUGUUCUUCGAUUUUAUUGGACCCGGCGAAGCUGUAGCUGUCGAGAGGCCUUGGCUUGAUGUAGUAGCUACUUUUCCGCCUCCAUUUUUGCGUUCGAGAUUUGGAACUUAA